AUGGUUUCCAUGACGCAAAUAACCGAUCCGAGAAGCGACCCACGAUACCCAGGAGACGAUGACAGUAGUUUUAAUUCCGCGAUCUUGGAUAUUCUUCCAGAGAAUAUACCGAAUACAAUUAUAACCAAGGCUCCCGAAGAGAGGUUUCGUUUGGGGUAUUGGUCAGUGAUUGCGUUGGUGGUAAAUCGUGUUAUAGGUACUGGAAUUUUCAAUUCUCCGUCGACUAUAAUGCGUGGUACUCGCAGUGUUGGCGUUACACUUUUGUUUUGGCUAGCAGGUGCGAUAUAUACCAUUGCGGGGACGCACCUGAAUAUCGAAUUCGGGCUCACAACCCCACGACACAAAUUCGAAGGUGUAGAGCAGGGCAUUCCGAGAAGUGGAGGAACAUUGAACUAUCUUCAAUAUGUCUUCACGUGGCCCGCGUACCGAGAGAGAACAGUUCUCUUGGUGACCUGCGUGUUUGCCGCGGGGUAUAUAAUAAUCGGAAACAUGGCUGGCAAUUGCUUGAUAUUUGGGAUACGAACACUCGAAGCUGCGAACGUUACAGUUACGAAUAGCGGAGUUCGAGGUCUAGCAGUCGCCGCUGCUACAUUAGCCUGCUUAAUCCAUUCUUUCUCGAGAAGAGGAGGCAUAUAUUUAAAUAAUGCUUUUGCAUUUGUCAAGGUUUUGAUGCUGCUAUUGAUCAUCAUAACUGGCAUAUGUGCGUGGGCUGGUGCAUUCGAUACCAAAACAUAUGCUACGCAAAAUAUGGCUGUCACCAAUGCGUUUGCUGAUGCUGCUGAUGACUCUUACGGCUAUACGAAGGCUUUUCUCGCCGUGUUAUUUGCUUGGAGUGGAUUUGACCAGCCUAAUUAUGUUCUGGGAGAAAUUGCUAGGCCACGGAAAACGAUGCCAGUUGGAACCUCUAUUGGAGUCGGGAUAGUGUGUCUUUUAUAUCUUCUUGUCAAUGUAGCAUAUAUGAUUGUCGUGCCCAAAGCGACUCAAGAAGAGAGUGGUAAGAAUGUGGCUCUUGCGUUUAUGGACUUGACAUUCGGCACACUUUCUGGCGAUGAUAACCAAUCGAAACGUAUUCUUUCGGCAUUCAUGGCAGUUUCUAGCUUCGGGAAUAUUGUGGUUAUGACUUUUACGGCAGCAAGAGUCAAACAAGAGAUCGCAAAAGAAGGAAUCUUGCCAUGGGCCAAAUUCUUCGGACAAAGCAAAAACCUAUCUUUCGGUCGUUUCUUGAUGUGGAUUCAGAGUGACAAGCAUUCUUUCAUCAACCGACGCUUCCACUGGCUUUUAAAGCAACCCUGGCUCGACCCUCGAGAACACUCUCAAGAAACUCCAUUUGGUGCCCUAUUUCUGCACUGGUGCUUCACAAUUAUCAUGAUCCUUGCGACAAUCAAUCUGAGCCCCACCAACGCCUACGGAGUUCUUGUUGAUCUAUACUCAUACACUUUUGCAGCGAUAUUCGCCUUUAGUAUCGCUAUCGGAAUGCUCAAACUACGUUUCAGUAGCCGCGCCCAAUGGAGACUGAAGUCGUCCUUCAACCCAUUCUUCAGCAUUCUUGCAGCUAUGGUAUUUGCGAUUGGAAGUGGCUAUCCAAUAAUCGCCUUUUGGGUUCCACCCAAUGGCAAGUUUGCCCAACAAUCGACAUUUUCUGUGUCGUGGUAUACAGCACCUACUGUUGCAUGGAGUAUUAUGGGAUUAGGAUUACUCUGGUAUCUUGGAUUUAAUUUGUAUGCUAUGAGAAGAGCGAGGAAGGAUGGCGUGGAGUUCCAAGUCCAGAAAGUACCUGAGUUCGAUAGAGAUCCAGCUCCAGAUGGGCCGCCGGUGCAGGUGCAUGAAACUGUGUUUCUCGCAUGGGUCGCUGAGGAAUUUACUGGACAGCCGCAGAUGGAGGAGGAGGGGCGGAGAAGAUCGAGGGAGAGUUUCUAA